UGAUGGCAGUAAUAAGGUGGUUGUGGUAUCUUCUAUUUUAAAUUUGUUAUGGGCGCGGGUGGUCGGAGUUCAGUUGUAAUCUAUAGCCACUUCUUGACUGUAUUUGUUUAUUAGCAAGCAAGUAAUUGAAUACAUGAAUACAUGCAAUCUACUUUUAAUGUUGAACAUAACAUACAAGUACGCCAGAAUUUAAAAGUAAGUGUAAGAAAGCUUGGACUAUAGCAAUAAACGAAAUCUCUUACAUAAGAAGAUAUAAAACAUGGAAAAGGAAAAAGACUUGUAUCGUGAAACAUGGGUUCGUUAUUUAGGUUACUGCAAUGAAGUUGGUGAAGCCUUUCGUCGUUUGGUGCCUUCGAAACUUGUGACAGCCAGUUAUGUUGUGUCCACUGGCUAUGUUUGUGCCGAUACCAUAGACAAAUCAUAUAAAGAUUAUAAAAAAGGCUCCUCACUAACCAACGUUGGUAUAACCGCAUCAGAUGUGUUCAUUUGGCAAAUUUUGGCCUCGGUGGUGAUACCUGGCUUUACAAUAAAUCGAAUAACCUACUUCAGCGGUCGACUGCUACGCCAAGCCGAUGUUCAUAAGAAACUUGCGAAAUAUCUUCCCACCGCCUUUGGUUUAUUGUCCAUACCCUUUAUAAUUCCACCAAUUGACAAUAGCGUGGAUUAUUUAAUGGAUAAUACAUAUCGCAAAUACAUUUCAAAAACAACGUAAUGAAUGCUGUGAUGGUGCAAACAACUGAAACAAAGAAUAAAGUCUACGAUGCCAAAGAGAAGCAAUGACAAAAAAAAAACUCAAUUAAUAGUACAAUAAUGCUAAUUAGUAAUACUAUUGUAGAUGUAGUUUGUAUACUUAUAAAUUAGCAUAACUUCAAAUAAAUGCACAAAGAACAUAUUUCCAAUUAA